AUGGAGUUUGUGGGAAGUCGAGGCUCCUUUGCUGGGGGCUCUGGGCUGUUGGUGGUUCCUGGUCAAAAUUAUCUGGAAGUAGAUUCAGACAAUGAUGAUGAAGAGGUUGUGAUUGGAAUACGACCAAAAUCUUCUCCCCAACCAAGAAGGAAGACCUCAGUUAGUGAAGAGGAAUCAGAUAUUUCAGAGCCUCCUUCGUUGAGUGGGUCUCGUAGAGUGUCAUUUGCAGACACUGUAGGUUUAAGUUUGGUGCAAGUUAAGGAGUUCGACAAAUGGGAUAUCCCGCAGCUUCCUGACUUUUUGGACAGCACAAAUAACGACGAAGAUGAAUAUUUUAUCUCACCUUUCAACUUCCCACUAUCAUUGCCUUCUGAUGAGAUUGUUGCAAAAGUUUUGGAUCAGAAAGUUGAACUAGAAAGCAUUGAGUUACUCCCCGGGACCACUAUUUUGAAAGGGCUAAUCCGUGUCCUUAAUAUCUCCUUCACAAAAGCAGUUUAUGUGCGCACCUCUCUGGACAACUGGCUCAGCCACUUUGACUUGCUCUGCGAAUACAUCCCCGGAUCAAGCGAUGGGCAUUCAGACAGCUUUUCAUUCAAACUAACGUUAAUGCCUCCGUUCGCAGAGCAGGGGGCUAGAGUUGACUUCUGUUUGCGAUAUGAGACACCAAACGGGACAUUUUGGGCCAAUAAUAGAAAUAGGAACUACGUGUUGUUUUGUUAUAAGAGGAAGAAAGAAAUUCAAGACAAGCCGCAAAGGGAACAUUUGAACAAGAGGAGCUGCCUCAAGACUGUCAGUCAGAGCUUCUCCGUGGAUGAAAGCAUGUCUUGUCCGGAGAGAGAAAACCAUGCACCAGAUGUGACAACGCAGCAGAAAAUCAUCAUUGAAACAAGUCAAACUAGUGCCCAAAGUGACAGCAGUCCAGUGAAAUCUGAAGAAGAGGCUAACACAUUACAGGGGGAGAACAGAAGAAACCGCAAUCGUCGAAAUCGCAGAAAAGCAGCGCGUAUGGCUCGGGUCAGGGAGCACAUGGCUCAAAAAGACUUGACAUCACAGGACAGUGAGACCCAGGCACCCCCGGAACAACAUAUCCCAACGGCACAGGAGCAAAACCAAAACUCAAAACUGUCAAAUCCUAAAGGAAGUGUUGAAUUUGACUGCACUGCUGAUGGGUCACUGUCGAAGGACUCAAAUUGUACGAAAUAUGAGAACUUCAAUCUGGCUGAGGUUGUAGCAAAUGAUAGUCGCUGUGAGAGCAAAGACAUGCCAAAAGUAGCCACUGCACUGCAUCAAAAUACUGACAACUUUGUCUGCACCGGAGAGGAGACAAGUCUGGAGGUGGCCAGGUACUGCGGACAUCAUUCAGGAGAGAGGGAUGACAGCAAAAGCCUUGUUAGCGAUUCCAGCGGCUUCGCAUUUGGCACUGUGGUUGCGCCACUUUACCAGGAGGUGUCCGGGAAAAGAGUGGGGAGUCAGCUAUAUAGUGAAAUAUACAACACAUCAGAAACAAUGAAGGAACAGCAAGAGACAGAGGAGAGGAGCAGCAAUGCAGAAAUAAAUGUUUGCAAAGAUAUAGGAGGUUGCUGCAAUGAUGGGAAAGUUGAAAGCAGUGAACAAGUCGGGGCUACUUCAGGCAAUGAUGAAAUUAUAAACAUUGAUACUAUUGAUGCUAUUGAAAAGAGCACCUCUGAGAAGAUUUGGGACUUGGAAACUGAAAAUAGCGGUUUGAAUUUAAACCAUCAAGUACACUUAGAAAAUGACAACUCUAGCAGUCGUAUUGACAUGAAUACGGAAGAAACUUUAUUGACAACCGGAGCACAAGAUAGUCCAUUUGAAUUUGAAAAACAGCCUUGCCAGAAUGUUAUUAGUGACAUAAUUGACCCAAAUAUGGACAGUAGUGAUCCCAAUUUAGCUUUACCACCACAAUGCAAUGUGUUGUUUCAAGAGGCAAAUGCAAAAGCAUCUUUGCUUUUUCAACUUUCUCAAAAUGAGUGUUUGCAAAAUGAGACAUCAGAGAGCAGUGAUGGGGUUCAAAUUGGGAUGACAUUAGUUGACAAAUCAUUGGCUACACCAUUACUAGAUGCCUCUGGAAAUUCUAAGGAAAAUGUAUCUUUGCUAUUUCAGCCUUCACAAGAUGAGGAGUUGGUUGACCAAUCUGCCAACAUUAGCAAUGUGAUUCAUGAUCCAAGUCUGGUUCCUGAAACUUGUCCAAUUGUAUCACCAAGUCAUUUAUCCAAAACAUCUGAAGAAAACUUACAUAUGAACCCCCAGAUUUCACAAAAUGGAUGUUUGCUAGACCUUUCUACCCAAACUAGUAAAGCUAAAGAUGAAAUAAGUCUAGAAUUUGAAGACCAAACUAGGGCUGUAUCACCAAACCAUAUCUCCGAAACACCUGGAGACGCUGAUCAAUCUUUAUCACUUGAACAACAUUUGACCAAAAAUGUGUCAGACCAGCCUGCGAACAUCAGUAAUCCUAUCAAUGAACCAGGUCAAGACAGUGAAGCCAGCAUUUUAAUUGUUUCAAGCCAUGUAUCAGCAAUAUCUGAAGACAAAAAUACACAGUUGACCUUACAGCUUUGUCAAAAUGCUGAUUGGUCCGACCACGAAAACAAAAGCAUAGUGUUUAAAGACCAAAGUGUAGCUAUAUCACCAACCUGUACUUUUCCAACUCCUGAGAAAGGAAAUCUGUUUUUAUUACUUGAACAAAAUAAGGGUUUUGUAGACCAGCCCAACAACAAUAGUGACUUAACAGGUGAAAUAAAUCUUGACAAUGACUGUUCUCAAACCCAUGUAACCAAAUUAUCUAUUGAAGAAAACACGGCUGAUGUUACUACGGUGAUCACACAAUCCUAUCAAUGUGAAAUACCCGAAGAACGGAAUGUAUUGCCUGAGCAAAGUGAGAAUUUGGAAAACAAGUCAGAACAAGAACAUAACUCUACAAGGAUAACUCAAUCACAAGAAUUCGAUGAAAACGUUGACGAAAAUGCAUGUUUGUUACUGGGAGCAAGUAGCUGUUUGCAAGACAAUUCAAGUAACCAUAGCGACUUUAUGGAUGAAGUGUAUGAUCGUGAUGCGGAUUGUGUAACUGUACCAUCCAGCCAAGUAUCAAAAUCAUGGUCUCCUCAACAGGCUCAAAAUGACAACCUCACAAACCCGGAUGAGAUAAACAUACAAAAUGAUGAAAAAAGCUUAGAGAUAUCAAAUUUUGCAAUAUCUGAUGAAGAAAACAAAAAGCUGUCCAUACAAGUUGAAAAUGAAGGUUUGCACGACCAGCUCGACAAUAGCAAUGACCCUAUAGUUGAUCUUGCACUAGAUAAAGUAAUGGGCAAAAUUGAAGCUGUACAAUGUCAAGAAACACAUAAGGAAGAAAAUGCAUCUUUGCCUUCUGAAGAUUUAAAAUGCAAUCGUAUACUUUUGGUAAACCAGCCAAUAAACGCCAAUGACCUUUUAGCUCAAUCAGAACUAGUGCUGGAUUUAACGGCAGCUGUAUUUGAAAAAGAAGAGAAAAAAUGUCUUGCAAAUAUUGCAUUAGAAAGCCAUGACAUUACAGCAAAUCCAGGAAUUACUUUUGAGGAUAAAUCAGAGGUUGCAGAAAGUUGUGCAGAGACUGAGCUACAAGAUAUAAGCAAACGUAAUGAAGAGAAAUUAAAUGAAACUGUUGAAAUGGAUAGACAAUUGAUGGUUGAUAAUAUAGUUGAUGAUGUAGUUGAGUCAGAAACAAGGACUAAUUGUAACAAAGAUGACGAAAUUACAGCCUCUGAAAAUGUAGCACACUUUGAAAUAUGGUCCCACAUCGAAACAAUGGAGCUUACUUUGGAAGAUGAGGCUAAAAGCUGGGAAGUAAUGGUUGACGAGGAGCAAGAAAACUUAGAUAUUUUAACCACAAGUGAAGAUAUUGAGGAUGUUAUAACAAGUUUGAAGGAAGAUGACAAAGUAGAGAGUCUAGAUUCAAAAAUGGGCAAUGUAGAACUGUUAGAAAUUGCUAGCGCAGUUGGGAUUGACGGUCAAAAUGCAACAAAGGAUAUUCAGACGAACCUUGAUGCACUGGAUGAACUUGAGACUGCACAAAAGGCAGGAGUAAAUAAUGAUGGAACAUAUUUUGAACCAGUAGAAAAUGACAAAUUGGACAGUCUAGAUUCAAAACUGGACACUGUAGAACUAUUAGAAAUUGCUAGUGCAGUAAGGACUGAUGUUCAUUAUGCAACAGAAGCCAUCUGCAAGAAAAGCGAUGCAUUGGAUGAAUGUGAGAAUGCAAAAAAGUCUAAAGUAAAUAAGGACACAUAUUUUGAACCGGUAUUCGAAGUUGAAAUGCAAAGUUUUGCAGAAAAUGUGGAGGGUUGUGCAAGUGUAAAUGAGAAACAGUUGAAUGAAUGUAUUGAAAGCAACUUAAUGGACUCUGUGGCCAAUUUGCCAGUUUUUGAAAACACAGAUGUUGACUAUAUAGGGGAAGUGAAAGUCAAAAUGCAAUUGAAAUCAAAUGAAGAGGAAAGGUUUAAAAUACCUCCUCGCAGAGCUAGGAGUAACAUACCUGCCCGAAUGGACAAUGUGCAAAAGGGCAUUCAAAGUAUCCAGGUGGAAACAGUGGAAGAACCAACACAUAUGCCAAUUGAAAUAGGCAACACAGAUUUGCUUUCAAAAGACACCAUUGAUAAUACUUUUGAGUUGAAAUAUGAUCAAAAUAGCGAUGACAGUAGCACUUCUGAGUCUGAAUCCGAUUCUGAAGAUGAAAUGGAACUGUACAUGCAUUGUCUGAGAGCAGUUUAUGGGCAACAGAGCUCUCCAAAAGCCUUAAAACCAGAACUAAAUCGAGAUAAAGAGUUCAAAAGACUGCCUUCAAUCAGGAGUAAACGCUUGUCAACAUCAUUACCGUCCAUUAGUGAAUCUUUAGAUGAGGAACAGCCUCGCCUGGAGACGGAGGCCUGCUUUCUGCGCUCUGAUUGGCUGCUGAGCUGUCAGUUCUAG